UUUCACUCCACAACAGACCAAAACUGAAAAGCUAACGGUGUUAAUUUCUUCUUCUUUACCCUCUCCCUGUAUCGCUCUCCUUCAUCGCCGCUUGCUCCCAUCAUUUCAAAAGCCAAGGAAGGGAUCAGAGGGCGUGUGGAUCGAUCUUCCUCUUCUGCUCCGCUUUUGAAAUACAGGACUUCCUCCCAUGUCGUCGUUCAUUGGGACGCAGGAUAAGUGCAAGACGUGCGGGAAGACGGUUCAUUUUAUCGACCUGCUCAUGGCUGACAGUGUAGCUUAUCAUAAAAGCUGCUUCAAAUGCACCCAUUGCAGCGGCACUCUCGCUAUGUAUAACUACUCAUCCAUGGACGGUGUGCUGUACUGCAAGCCCCAUUUUGAGCAGCUCUUCAAGGAAACUGGCUCCUUCUCCAAGAAAUUUCAUAGCCCAAGCAAAUCAGCAGAGAAACUUGAAUUGAGCAGAGCAGCAAGCAAGGUAUCACAGAUGUUCUCAGGAACACAAGACAAAUGUGCUGUAUGCAAGAAGACAGCUUAUCCUCUAGAGAAGUUGAAUGUGGAGGGAGAAUCAUACCACAAGACCUGCUUCAAGUGCUCCCAUGGCGGCUGCACUCUCACACCAUCGAGCUACGCAGCGUUGGACGGCAUUCUUUACUGCAAACACCAUUUUUCUCAGUUGUUUAUGGAGAAAGGAAGCUAUAACCAUCUCAUAAAAACUGCUUCAAUGAAGAAGAAGGAGGAGGUGGAGGCCAACCCAGAACAGGAACCACCUCAACACCCCCAACACACACAAGAUCAAUAAUAUAUA